AUGAUGGAGAUCAUAAACAGCCUCGGCGACGGUUCAACACUAAACCUUCAUUGCAACUCCACUGACGACGAUCUUGGCCUUAAACUUCUCGCUCCAAAUAGAUCUUGGUCGUUUUAUUUUAGACCAAACAUAUGGGGAUCGACGGUGUUUUCUUAUCAUUUUACAUGGCCUCAAAGACAAUCAAAACAGUUUAAUAUAUACGAUGAUGUCAGAGAUGGUGUCUACGGUGUUCGUCAAGAAGGGAUUCCAUGCAUCUACUGUUUCUGGGAUAUAAGCAAAGAUGGACCAUGCAGGUUGAACGAGAUAAAUAACGCAUUUGAUAUUUGUUAUGACUGGAAUAAUGUUCGAAAGCAAUGA